UAACUGACAACUGUGAAUACAUGGCAAACAACGUCUAAGCUUAGCUAAAAGCAUUUUAGCUUUGUGAAGAUUGUGUUUCUGUAGCGGGCAGAAGAACACAUGGGCAGACAGCCAAUCUAUGGAAAUGCGCUGGAAAUAUCUUAUCUUGGUGGUGCUGUAUGUUUUUUUCAUUGUUCCAGCAGCUCCUUCUAAAGUUUGCACCAAGUUUAAAGUAAGCAACUGUAAGGAAUGCAUCCAGUCUGGCCCAUUCUGUGCCUGGUGCAAGCAACCUAACUUCACCAAUGCUGGAGAGCCAGACUCAGUCCGCUGUGACACUGACGAGAUAUUGGGCCAGAGAGGCUGUAAAGAAGUGGAUAUUGUCUAUCCCGAUAGUCGUUCUUUUGGAACAGAUCGGACAAGGCUGAGUGACAAUGUACAGCUAAUACCAAGAAUGAUCUCUCUUGACCUGAGACCAGGCAAAGCUGCAGAAUUUGAUGUCACCUUUAGACGGGCUCAAGGUUAUCCAGUGGAUCUCUACUACCUGAUGGACCUUUCCUACUCUAUGUUAGAUGAUCUUCAAAAUGUGAAGAGUUUAGGAAGCGACCUCCUGAAAGCUUUGAAUGGAAUCACAAAAUCAGCACAGAUAGGUUUCGGUUCAUUUGUGGAUAAAACUGUGUUGCCGUUUGUGAACACACACCCCGAGAAACUGAAGAACCCAUGCCCAGAGAAAAAUGAAAAUUGUCAGCCCCCAUUUUCUUUCAAACACAUCCUCAACCUCACAGCGAAUGGGAAGGAAUUUCAAGAUCAAGUUGGCAAGCAGGGCAUUUCUGGAAAUCUAGAUGCCCCAGAGGGAGGGCUUGACGCUAUGAUGCAAGUGGCCGUUUGUGGGGAUAAAAUAGGCUGGAGAAAUGUUACAAGGCUUCUGGUAUAUGCAACUGACGAUGGUUUCCAUAUGGCUGGAGAUGGUAAACUGGCAUCCAUUCUUGUUCCCAAUGAUGGCCAAUGUCACCUGGAGGACAAUCUGUACAAAAGAAGUAACGAGUUUGAUUACCCAUCUGUUGGGCAGUUGGCCCAAAAGCUCUCAGAGAACAACAUUCAGCCUGUGUUUGCUGUCACGUCUAAUAUGGUCCAGACAUACAAGAAUCUCAGUAAAUUAAUCCCCAAGUCAGUUGUUGGAGAGUUAUCCUCAGAUUCCAAAAACGUUGUGCAGCUGAUCACAGAUGCUUACCAGGCUUUAUCUUCAGAGGUCAUUCUGGACCAUGGGACCACACCAGAUUUUCUAGAGAUUCUGUAUGAUUCUAUAUGCUCCGGAGAUAAAACAGAGAACCAGCUGAAGGGCAUGUGCAGUAAUGUGAAGAUUGGGGAAGAGAUCAAAUUCAAAGUGAAAGUGACAGCCAGCAAGUGCCUCCAGGCACAGAGCUUUGCGAUUCGCCCAUUGGGAUUUACUGACACACUGGUUGUGAGCGUCAAAACUCUCUGUGACUGUGAGUGUGAUGAGACUCCUCAACCAGAAGACUGCAACUCAAAAGGGAACAUACAGUGUGGAAUCUGCAGCUGCAGGGAAGGUUUUGUGGGGAAGAAUUGCGAAUGCCGCACAGGGGGGAAAACAAGCCAAGAACUGGAGCAGACCUGUAAGAAGGAAAACGGUUCUGCGGUCUGUUCUGGAUCAGGGGACUGUAUCUGUGGACAGUGCAUCUGCCAUACAAAUGAAGAUCCCUCAAAAAAGAUCUAUGGUCAAUACUGCCAAUGUGACAACUGGAACUGUGAGCUGUUUGAGGGCAAACUGUGUGCAGGAGAGGGAGCUUGUGAUUGUGGAGUCUGCAGAUGCAAUGAAGGUUUUGAAGGUAGCGCUUGUCAGUGCAAAAAAUCAACAUCCAACUGUAAGAAUCAAAGGGGAAGUGUAUGUAGUGGAAGGGGCAAAUGUGAAUGUAACAGCUGCAUUUGUAAGCCAGGAUACUUGCAACCUUUCUGUGAGUUCUGCCCUGGGUGUCCAUCCUCCUGCUCAAAGUUUGGACCCUGUGUUGAAUGCUAUAUAACUCAAGAAGAUGAGAGCCCCAAGAACUGUUCAAAUCUGUGUCCUGGUGUAAGAGCUCAAAGAGUAGAAGAACUGAAACGUGAGACUGUGUGCAAGGAGAAGGACAGCAAUAACUGCUGGAUGCAGUAUAUAAUUGUAGAAGAUGAUGGAGAAGAUAAAUUUACUAUUACCUACACGUUAAAGAGAGAAUGCCCCGAAGCCCCCAACUUUGUGGCAAUAGUGGGUGGUACCACAGCUGGUGUGAUAUUUAUUGGACUGGCAUGUCUGAUCAUCUGGAAAAUUAUUACAGAAAUAAAGGACAGAAAUGAGUACCAGAGGUUUGAAAAGGAAAGAAUGAACUCUAAAUGGAAUCCGGGACAUAAUCCUUUGUAUCAUAAUGCUACUACCACUGUGCAAAACCCCAACUUUAGCGGAGAGUGAAAGAAAACCUUCUCAAAGGAGUGCAACAAUACAUCAAUAUGUGUUCUGUAAUGAGUUUGUGAUAGCUAACAUGGCACACCAAUUGAUGAUGAAAUAGGAUAAAUCACAAUUUAAAAAAAACCAAACAAAACCUUUUUGAAUGAUAGUGAUAGUUUGAAUUACUAAACAGAUUAUGUGCCAUGCGUUACUCCCACUGUCCUACUGUUAACAGUAAAACAUUCUGCCUUUAUCUCUUCUUAAAGGCAGGAAUAAUUGCAGAAUAUUUCUUCCAAUAAUUAUAGAGGAUCAUUCUAUGCAGGGGCGAUUUUAUGCCUAUUUGCUCCUGUGAUGCUGCCCCCCCUGCUCCCCAGGGCUUACCUUUUUUGCACAGGAGUUGGUCCAGGGGGGGGCCACAUCACUAGUGCAGAGAGUGAUACUAGAAGAGCCAAAUUUCCGGUUUAAUGACCGGAAAUUCUGCUCUUAAAGUUACAAGGAGCAGAUUUUUUCACCCCUGGUACCUCGUGAGCUGUUGCCGCCUGAUUCUAUGAUAUAUACUAGUUACUGUGUUAUGGCCUAAUUAUUUGUUACAAAGCAGAAUUAUGUCUGUCCUGUUGCAGCAAUCAUCAGAAUUUCUACUCCUAAUGUACCAUAAAAGAAGGAACACAGAGAUGAAACAUGGGCCAAAUCAUCUUUAUGGUGCUGGGCUCCUAUUUUAGUAGAGUUUGAACCAUGGCAUGCAGCAGGUCAGUACCAGACAAAGUCUAGAUUCAGUUUAGCGUCAAAAAAGGUUUAUCAUGUGAAUACGAGAUUCAAUUCAGAAUUAUCUUACUGUUUAUCACGUGAAAACUCUAUGUCUAUGGACAAAAAUUCGAACUGAAUUUGUAGAAAACUUUUUCUCCUCCAAUUGAAUCUCCUCCAUAAUGUUUCAUGUGAUAAACUGUGAGAUAACUUUUUCUCACUGAAUUCAAUCUGGCCCAAGGAGUAGAACUAAAUUUAACAUUCUUUAAACUUUCCUCUUUCUAAUGUGAAAGGUAGUCACACUGGCUAUUCCAUGGUUGUGCUUUCUACACAUUAUUAUAGAACUGGUGCAUGCGUCUGGCAUGGGACCUUGUGAUCAACCACAUUUAUCCUCAUUUAAAUGCAAAAAUAUUAAUUUGCUUUUGUUAUACUAUCAUGUAUUAUUUAGUAUUUUGCUUAUUCCCAAGGAACUCUUUUAUGAAAGACAAUAUAUAUUUUUUUUAGCAAGUCCCAUACAAAGCUAACCCAGCAAAAUGCUAAACAUUCCUUGACUCUAAUAAAAUAUCAACCAUACUGGUUGAGGAGUAGAUACUAUGGCAGCAGAUGGCAAACAUGGCAGCUCUGGUUCCAAAGAAUACCUUAGAGUAUUUAUAAGAAAAAAUAAAAUAGGAAAGCACCACAGUGCAUGAACCAAUUUAAAUACAUUUUCGUCAGAUACUACUUUUAAACCAAUAUCAUCAAUAUCAGAGGUACAUGUCAUAUUACAGCUUGAGUGUAGCAUGUUGACCUACUUUCCCUUUUGCGCUCACAACUAUCACAGCGUGUACCAUCCGUUCUAUAAGGCUCUUAGGAUGAACUAAUGGGGUAGUAUUCAGCUGCUAGAACUAUAACACCCCCUUCUUACACUUUCUCCGCCUUCAGGGGUGUCAAGGAUUUGGUAUGGGGCGCUGUGGAGGCUGAUGAGGGAAGGUUGAAUCCUUGAGGCAGGAGCUGCAUGUGACUAGGGAAUACGUAAAGAGAAUGCAGGAACAGGUUUAAGAGGACGACGACUCAGACUGGAACAGGUGAAGGGGGCGAGGAGUCAAUUCAUGAGCAGACUGGGCAGAAGGGGGAUGGAGCAGGUGUAGAACAGGAUGAGACAGGAUGGUGUGGGCGUAGAUCAGGAAAGAUAGUACAGGACGGUGCGGCCAUAGGUCAGAUCAGACUGGAUAGUGGAAGAAAUGGCAGGACAGGAUAGCGAGACAGUCUAGGUACAAGGCAGAACAGGAACAGGCAAGGCAAGGUCAGGUCAAGGCAGGAAAAGGUAAAAGGUAGAACAAGAAGCAGGAAUCAAGAACAGGCAGGGUCAGGUCAAGGCAGGGAAAGGUACAAGUUAGGGUAAAGCAAGGCAAGACAAGGCAGAUCAGGGCAAGGUA